CUUUCAAUCCCCAUCGGCAUUAAUCUGGCUCAGCGGUGUCGUCUGAACAGUUGAGCCAAGAUGGACACCUCGUUGACCGAUGCCUCUGGUCGGUCCCAGGCCGAUGCCUUAGCUUCGGUUGCUGCUGCAGAUGCUAACUCUCGUGCCUCUGCUGCUGCUGGUCAAUCUGCGCUGCGUGUGAAGGUUGACGAUGCACCGAAAUUUGACCUAGAAACAUACAUCUCAAACUACUCCGGGCGCACCCGCUACGAUCGUCUUUACCUCAUAGGCACGUGCUCCACCGUGCUGUCCAUCGAUGCCCUCAAGGCUGCCAUCGCCGAAGCCAAGUCCAGCAAGGAUGUUUCGCGUUACGAGAAGGCCGUCCGCGCGUUGGCGGAGGUCGCGCCAACUGACCCCUCCGCUUCACUUGACAACGCCUGGAUUCAGAGCACCCAGCGAUACGUGAGGACACAGACUGAGCGACUGGAGCAUGAACUGAGGGGAUACAAAAAUAACUUGAUCAAGGAGAGCAUUCGGAUGGGCAAUGAAGACCUAGGAAAUCACUAUCACCAGACGGGAGACUUGUCCGCCGCAACCAAGGCUUACGCUCGUAUGAGAGACUAUUGCACGGCACCAAACCACAUCACGUCUAUGCUCUUCAAGAUGGUCAAUGUUGCCGCUGAACGUGGAGACUGGGUAUCCAUGCAGUCAAGCGUGUCACGCUUGCGCAACUCUCAAUCGAAACCAGAGGACGCAGCCAAAAACGAAUCCAAGAUCUCCGCCGCCUAUGCACUCUCACAAAUGCGUCAACAGGCCUUCCUCGAAGCAGCCAAUGUUUUCUUGAAUAUCCAGCCAGACCUCGGCGACAACUACAAUGAACUGAUUACCCCCAAUGAUGUUGCUGUGUACGGUGCCAUACUGGCUCUUGCAACCAUGACCCGCGAAGAGCUACAGCGUAACGUUCUUGACAACACCUCUUUCCGCAACUUCCUCGAACUUGAACCUCACAUGCGCCGCGCCAUUGCUUUCUUCUGCAACUUCAAGUUCCGUCCCUGCCUUGACAUCCUGGAAGCCUACCGCUCUGACUACCUUCUCGACCUUCAUCUUCAGCCCUAUCUCGAAACAUUGUACAAGCGCAUUCGCACUAAGUCUAUCAAGCAGUAUAUGGUACCUUUCAGCAGCGUCAGUCUCGAAUCGAUGGCGAAGAUCUUCGCACCGGAAGUCAUUGGCGGCGAAGCACGGCCUGCUGGCCUCUCAUCGCCAUUUGUGCAGGAGUUGAUUACGCUAAUUCAGGAGGGUGUGCUGGACGCCCGUAUUGACCUCGAGAAGGGAUUACUCGUGUCGAACCAAGUCGAUGCUCGGACAGAGGUGCAGCGAACCACUCUUCAAAGCCUGCAAGAAUUCAACCAAGAGGCUCAUUGGCGAAUGAUGCGUGCCGCUUUCCUCCAAGCAGGAUUAGAGGUGGGAGCCGUUCCCGGAGAAAAGAGGGAAAGAACAGGACAGACCUUGAAGGGUGGAAAGUUUGCCCGGGGUGGUUUGCUCGGCUGAUGACUAGACCGAGCUCGCGAUUAAAUCGAGGCGAUCCGGGCGCAUGAAUGAUGAUCAAUGAGAUAAUACCCCGAUGCCCAGCUGCAAUCACAAUUGGCUUAGAAAACACAGAAAUAGGACCUCUCAAAUAUGCGGUGUCCCUGAAUGUAGAUGUUCCCUAAAUCAGAACAUCCACCAAUAACGGCCCUCCAUGACCAGUAUGAAACAGCCCACGAACUCCUUUCAAAAGGUCACCGGGUGCUAGCUGGAAACAUCAUAUUCCCACCUUGUCCGACUGUCGACAGGAUAUCAAUCCCGCCGAUCCAAUCCGGUCCGAAGAAUCCGACGCCGUGCAACACAAUCACCUGGGCAGUAUCACGCUUUUUAAAAAGGAUCUAUGUACAUAUACUCGGAGUGACCAAACAACCGGAUAUUCAUGGCAGGUUUAAGAAGGGGGCAGAGAAUGUCCAGAUCAACGGGGAGCAAAUUAGGGCUCAACGGGCUCCUGCAGAGUAAACAACGUCAAUCAAGCACCAAAGCUGCCAUAUACUCCGGCGC